GGCGGGGUGCCCAGGGUACCGGUAUCACUCCCCACAUCGUGGUCGGUCUCCGCGAGCCUGCGGGGGGCGCCUCCCAGUCCCCAGCCGGGACAUCCUGAACGGUGGCAGCCACAACAACAGGCUCGCCCGCAGACAAAGGGACCGGCGCGGCGGUGCAGACUCGCGCAGCCGGGCGGCGGGGCCGGGGAGCGCGCGCUCCGAGCGCGGGGCCGGGGCCGCCGAGCGCGCAGCGCAGACCCCGCGCGGGCCGCAGCCGCGGCGCCCGGAAGACCCGGCUCCCGGGCGCAGACCCCGCCCGGGCUGGCUCGGCGCCGGCCUCCGCUUCCACUCGUCUUUGACCCUCCGUCCCCACCCGGCUCCCCCCCCCGCAGGCCGCACAACUGUAACCGCUGUCCCGGCCGCCGCCGCUCCUUCGCGGGCCGGCGGCCGCAGAGCGCAGCGCGGCGGGGCCGGCGGCAUGGCUGUGUCCUGGAGGAGCUGGCUGGCCAACGAAGGGGUUAAACACCUCUGCCUGUUGGUCUGGCUCUCCCUGAAUGUUUUGCUUUUCUGGAAAACCUUCCUGCUGUAUAACCAAGGGCCAGAGUAUCACUACCUCCACCAGAUGUUAGGGCUAGGAUUGUGUCUAAGCAGAGCCUCCGCAUCUGUUCUUAACCUCAACUGCAGCCUUAUCCUUCUACCCAUGUGCCGGACACUCCUGGCCUACCUUCGAGGAUCCCAGAAGGUUCCAAGCAGGAGAACCAGAAGACUGUUGGAUAAAAGCAGAACAUUCCAUAUAACCUGUGGUGUUACUAUCUGCAUUUUUUCAGGUGUGCACGUGGCUGCCCAUCUGGUGAACGCCCUCAAUUUCUCAGUGAAUUACAGUGAAGAUUUCGUGGAACUGAAUGCUGCAAGAUACCGAGAUGAGGAUCCUAGAAAACUUCUCUUCACAACUGUUCCUGGCCUGACAGGGGUCUGCAUGGUGCUGGUGCUCUUCCUGAUGAUUACAGCUUCUACAUACGCAAUACGAGUUUCUAAUUAUGACAUCUUCUGGUAUACUCAUAAUCUCUUCUUUGUCUUCUACAUGCUGCUGAUGUUGCAUGUUUCAGGAGGGCUGCUGAAGUAUCAAACUAAUUUAGAUACCCACCCUCCUGGCUGCAUCAAUCUUAAUGGAACCCACUACCAGAAUAUUCAUUUACAAGAUUAUCUCUCAGAACAUUUUCAUGAAUCUUUUCCUGAAGGAUUUGCAAAGCCAGAUGAACUUACCCAAAAGAGAUUUGUGAAGAUUUGUAUGGAAGAGCCCAGGUUCCAAGCUAAUUUUCCACAGACUUGGCUUUGGAUUUCUGGACCUUUGUGCCUGUAUUGUGCUGAAAGACUUUACAGGUGUAUCCGGAGCAAUAAGCCAGUCACCAUCAUCUCGGUCAUACGUCAUCCCUCAGAUGUCAUGGAAAUCCGAAUGGUCAAAGAAAAUUUUAAAGCGAGACCUGGCCAGUAUAUUAUUCUACAUUGUCCCAGUGUGUCUGCGUUAGAAAACCAUCCAUUUACCCUCACAAUGUGUCCUACUAAAACCAAAGCAACAUUUGGUGUCCACCUCAAAAUAGUAGGAGACUGGACAGAACGAUUUCGAGACUUACUACUUCCUCCAUCUAGUCAAGACUCUGAGAUUCUACCCUUCAUUCAAUCUAGAAAUUAUCCCAAGCUGUACAUUGAUGGUCCAUUUGGAAGUCCAUUUGAGGAAUCCUUGAACUACGAGGUUAGCCUGUGUGUGGCCGGAGGCAUUGGAGUAACUCCAUUUGCAUCAAUACUCAACACCCUGCUGGAUGACUGGGAACCGUACAAGCUCAGAAGACUAUAUUUUAUUUGGGUGUGCAGAGACAUCCAGUCCUUCCGUUGGUUUGCAGACUUACUCUGUGUGUUACAUAACAAGUUUUGGCAAGAGAACAGACCUGACUAUGUCAACAUCCAGCUGUACCUCAGUCAAACAGAUGGGAUACAGAAGAUAAUUGGAGAAAAAUACCAAGCACUGAAUUCAAGACUUUUUAUUGGACGUCCUCGGUGGAAACUUCUAUUUGAUGAAAUAGCAAAAUGUAACAGAGGGAAAACAGUUGGUGUUUUCUGCUGUGGACCCAGUUCAAUUUCUAAGACCCUUCAUAAACUGAGUAACCGAAACAAUUCGUAUGGGACAAGAUUUGAAUACAAUAAAGAAUCUUUCAGCUGAAAACCUUUGAGAUGAACCAGGACUCUGAACAAGGAAUGAGUGCAAUUUCUAAGACUGAAACUCAGCUGAAUCAACCAGCUGUGUCAUACCAAAGAGUAGCAAGGUUUUCUUAUUUAUGAUUAUUUAAAAUGGAAAUACAGAGAAUGUGGCAAGAUGACAGGUCACAUUACAUGUUUAAUCUGGAAACCAAAGAGGCCCUGAAGAAUAGUUGAUGUGAUGAUUCACUUUUCAAUGCUCAGAUUAAAAGAAAACUAUUAGAUGCACACUGUUGAUUUUUAUGGCAGAUUCAAGAACUCCCUAGUGAGGAGCUGUGCUUGCUCACUGUGACGCUGAUAGCCUUGGUCCUCUUUAAAUUGUUUUUGGUUGAACAAAUGCAACAUUGAACAAAAUUAAAAAUUCAUUGAAACUCAGAUUACAUUUUCUACGUGAGUAUAAACAAGAGUAGCUUUGAUUUUGAAAAGCUUCAGGCAAAUAUAUUAGAUGUUUGAAGAUAUAGCACAGGACUCUAUUAAUACGGGUACUUUGUAUCUAAUCUUCCUCACUACUGAUGCUAAUACCUCUGUUUGAUGUCUGUAGACUUUAUGCUAAAUGAACUUUUAUAAAUGUUGAUAUAGUAUCUAUUUUUACAUUUUUCUUUCUUCUUUUUUCCUGUCUAUAAGGAAAUCUCCCCUCCUUUGCAUGCAUUAGAGACAGUGAUUUAAUAGGCCCUUUCCAUCCACAAUUUACUUAAUCUAUUACUGUUGCAUAGUAAUGAGGAAAAUAUCAUUACUCUAAAUUAUAAAGAAAUAUAUAGACUUUC